AUGUCAACCGUAGAUGCCGUUGGAAGGGUGUUGCUGCGUCUGCGUCUGCGUCUGCGUCUGCUCCUUCUGCUGCCGCUGCCAGCAGCAACGGCGCAGGGGGGCCAGCGGUGUCGGAGGCAGUCAUUGUGGGUGGAGGUUUGGCUGGCCUUGCGUUGGCUAUCGGCCUCCGCAACCUUGGGAUUGACGCGCAGGUGGGAUGCUAUUUGGAAGCAGGCAUGGCUCAGGAAUCAGGUGUAUGAGGCUCGCAGCGAGGUGGGAGGAGGCGAGGGAACCCUCAUCACCCUCUAUCCCAACGGGCUCAGGGCGCUCAACAGAAUCGACCCUGCCAUUGUGCCCCAGUUAAUAGCCCGUGGAGUACCAAACCCUACCAUUCUCAGCCGCUCUUUAACCGGAGAACUUCUUUUCCAGUGGGACCUUUCGUCCAACAUGACCCCCCGCUUUGGCUUCCCCAUGCUCUGCAUCCGCUGGCAAGAGGUGCUGGAUGUGUUGCGGGGAAUGCUGCCAAACGAUGCCGUCCACACCGGUCACAAGCUCGUGGGGUUUACACAAGAAGAAGAGGAGGCAGUUGGGGGAGGGGGUGGCGAGGGGAGUGGUGCAGGCGAGGGGAGUGGUGCAGGCGUGCGGGGUGGCUCGGUGAAAUGCGUUUUUAAGACGGUUUCCGGCGGUGAAGAGCGUUUGCUGGAGGUGGAGACCCCUGUGCUGCUGGGGGCAGACGGCAUUCACUCGGAGACACGGAAGCAGCUGCUGGGGGGGGAGGAGGGGCGCAAUGGGAGUGGCGGGGCAGCAGGAGAGGGACUGAGUCCGCGAGACAACGGCAGAACCAUAUGGAGGGCCAUCAUCGACGGUUCCCUCUGCCCCCACCCACUGCUGCUGCCACGGCACGCUCUCUCUUUUAUCGGCCUCAACCGCACUGCAACCAUCGUCGACACUGGAGGAGGAAAGCUCUACUGGGUGUUGACGCUCGUUGAUUCCGCCGAUCCGACGGUCAGUAGCGCGCGGUCCAGCGGGGGGGAGGAGGCACGGGAGAAGAUUCUACGGGCAUUCGAGGGUUGGGAUGUGAUGAUUCAGCUGGUCAAGGCCACUCCCCCCGACCUCAUUCUCGAACGCCGCGUGCUCGACCUGUCGCCCCUGCCCUUCUGGGUCAAAGGGAGGACGGCUCUCCUGGGAGAUGCGGCGCAUGCAGUGACGCCAGGGCAGGGCGCCAAUCUGGCGUUUGAGGAUGCGGCUCAGCUGGUGGAGUGCCUCCGGGCGCACUCGCAUGCCAGUGAUGCUCUCCGCUCCUUCCAAUCCCUCCGCACGCCACGAGUGCAAGCGGUGGCAGCACGUUACGCCGCUGCUUCAACGAAGCUGUAUGACGAGAAGAAAGGGAAGAACGCAGCAGGGAGUGAGGGAGGAUCAGGCGGUGAAGGAAGUGAGGCGGAUGCAGCACCAAAGUUUGAAGAGGUUCAAGCGGCAAUGGCUGCAACGGCGGCACGAGAGGGGCGUGAUCCUGACGAGGAUCUGUAUGGUUAUGACAUUUUGGUCUGGGAGGAGGAGGAUGAUCAUCGUGUUGCGAGUGCUCUGCACUAA